AUGGAAUGAAAUAAAAACUGACAAUUUAAAAUUCUAGCUUGAUCAACAAGUGUUGUUUCUAUUUGUUUUUUCUCGAAUAGUGAAAGGGUUUCAAAUUGAAUGAAAUUGAAAAAUAUGUCAUCUCAACCGAAAAAAAUUCUGAAAAUUUUCUUUAUGCCAAUGGAUGGUGUUGGCCAUAUCAAUGCCUGUGUAGGAAUGGCUCAAGCAUUGGCUAAACGUGGACAUCAAAUUUAUUUUCUAUCGAAUCCAAUGUUUGCCGGUACGUAUGAGAAACAUGGAUUCAAAGAAAUUGUGUUACAAAGUGAUGUCAAACAAAAAAUGCUGGAAACAACAAAUGAUGAAAAAAGUGAUAAAAAAGCUCAUCCAAUCAAGGCAUUUGUUCCAAUGUUGCAAAAAUUGCGUGAAAGUGGCAUGCUGUCUGGUAAAUCAUCGUUUGAAAAGCUUAAAGUUUUCGACCCCGAAGAAGAUCAUUUUCUUGGAAAAAUUUAUGAAGAAUUGAAAGAAGUUCAUCCAAAAAUUGUGGAAUUGAUUGAGCAAGAAAAACCUGAUUUAAUCAUUGUCGAUCACUUUUUAGUGCCGCCUUGUAUUGCAUAUGGAAAGACACCUUGGGCAUUUUUAUUUAGCGGUAAUCCGCUAUUCAUUUUAGAACAUCCAGAUUUACCUCCCAUAACAUCAGGCUAUCCAACAAAUGAUCGCAGUAAUUGGGUGGAAUUUCGUGAAAAAUUUUCCAAAGGAUUUCCGACUGGAAUUCGUAAUCAACAAAAUAAGCUGAACAAAUAUUUUGGCUAUCCAGAAGUUAGCUCCAAUCAAUUCAUGUUCAAAUCACCGUAUAUGAACAUCUAUGGAUAUCCGGAAGAGUUGGAUUAUACUGAUUUGAUGACGUUGCCGCAAAAUUUUGUUCGUCUUGAUGCAUUUUGCCGUGAUUCACCCGAAUCGUUUGAAUUACCAGCCGAAUUUAAAGCUAAAAUCAAACCUAGUGAUAAAUUGAUCUAUGUAUCAAUGGGUUCAAUGGGUUCGAUUGAUGUUGACCUGAUGAAACGAUUGGUAACUGAAUUAUCGAAAUCACCCCAUAAGUAUAUAUUCUCAAUGGGUCCGGCUCAUGAACAUUAUGAAUUGGCAGAGAAUAUGUGGGGUGAAGCAUUUUUACCACAAACGAAAAUUUUGCCAAUUGUCGAUCUGGUCAUAACACAUGGUGGUAAUAAUACAGUUACGGAAACAUUUAAUCACGGCAAGCCAAUGCUUAUUAUGCCUUUGUUUGCUGAUCAAUAUGACAAUGCUCAACGUAUCCUAGAGAAAGGUUAUGGUAAUCGUAUGAAUGGUUAUCUAUUCAAAGAAGGAGAGCUUUGUCAAAUGAUUGAUCGAUUACUUGAUGAUAAAGAAAUGCAACAACGAUGUUUAGCCGCAGCAAAACGAAUGAGUGCUUCGAAUUCAAAGGAAAAAGCGUGUGAAAAAAUUGAACAAAUUGUUGAGCAAUUAUCAUCUAAAUGAUAACUACACUCGAGAAAAAAAAUUGCAGUUAUCGACAAAAUAAGCGACAUAAAAUAUAGAAAUCAGAUCAGAUUUUUCAGUGAAAAAACUUUAAUUAAACGUUCAUAGAUGAUGAAAUCUAAAUACUAAAAUUAAUAUGGACUGAGCUUUGAUCCUAUACACACAAAAUUAAUAAAACUUUCCAAUGGUUUCCAUA